AUGGCUGCCGAAAAUGGAACUAAAGAAGAAAAUGCUCUUCCACCUCCUCUCUCUGCUAAAUUCAAAGAAUCAUUUGCAUUUGUGACCAUCAAAGAUCGCUUACCUGUUAUUCUCAGUAAAGUAGCUGAUACUGUACAUAGAAAGAAAAACAAUCUUGGUGCAGAACUGGGAAAUGAAAAAGCAGAAGAUUUGAAAGGAAUAGCUGGUGAAAUAUCAAAACUACGAUAUGAAAUACAAACAGAUAAAGAUGUUGUAGCUCUUGAAGACACCAGAGGUGAUGUAGACAUCUGGAAUGAAGUUUUAAAAAACCUGACCAAACAGAAUAACAAUCAACCUCCUAGAUGGUUCAGUGCUGCUUGGUUAUAUUUAGAAUGCUAUAUGUAUAGAAGAAUACAACAAAGUGUUGAAUUAAGUAAAUAUAUGAAUGAGUACGAUGUAUUUGAAGAUCAGAAGAAGAAUGCCUACGUAACGUCAGUCCCAGCUAUCCAGACUUUAUUGACAUAUUUAUUAACCUCCGUAGAAAAUAUACCAGUUGACUCGAAUAAACUUCAGCCAUUGUUUUCACAGUUAAUACAGGUGGCACUAUGGGGUAAUAAAUGUGACUUGUCUAUAUCAGCCAGCAUGGAGAAUUCCCAAACUAGUUGUAUCUUAGACCAACUUCAUUCCCUGGAACCGUUUAUCCUGUUAAACCACACCCAACAACUCUGGAAUCAUCUUCAAAAAACAGGAAAAUGUCGAAUUGAUAUUGUUUUAGAUAAUGCUGGGUUUGAACUCAUUACUGAUCUAUGCCUUGCAGAGUUUUUACUCUCUUCUAAUAUGGCGUCUGAAAUUCAUUUCCACGGUAAAGCCUUUCCAUGGUUUGUAUCAGAUGUAACUUCUGACGAUUUUUUAUGGACUUUGGAAUCUUUAGCAUCUACUAAUAACUUGGCGUUGUCUCGUUUCGGCACAAAAUGGCAGCAACGAAUUCAAGAUGGUACCUGGGUGUUGCAUUUUGAUAAAUUUUGGACAACUCCAUACGUCUUUGAAGAAAUGAAAUCAAAAUGUCUGACAUUACAUUCAGAAUUAUCGAAAGCAUCGUUGAUUAUUUUCAAGGGUGAUUUGAAUUAUCGAAAGUUAGUUGGUGAUUUGAAUUGGGACACGACCGUGAGUUUCGAACGAAGUUUACAAGGAUUCCAUCCUGCUCCAUUGGUCUCGUUACGAGCUCUGAAAUGUGACGUAGUGGUUGGUCUAAAACCAGGUCAAGGUGAAGAAACAAAGGUCAAGGAUGAAUCAUGGAUGAUCAAUGGAAACUGGUCGGUGAUAUGUUUCUGUGAUAAACAGCUAAAAUAG